AUGGCUGUCCCACCAUCAUACAGUGACUUGGGAAAGUCUGCUAGGGAUGUCUUCAACAAGGGAUAUGGAUUUGGAAUGAUCAAGUUAGAGUUGAAGACCAAGUCUUCCAGUGGGGUGAUGGAAUUCACUGCAAGUGGUUCUUCCAACACAGACACAGGCAAGGCUUCAGGCAGUCUAGAGACCAAAUACAAGAUCAAAGACUAUGGACUUACUUUCACCCAGAAGUGGAACACAGACAACACGUUGGGAACAGAAGUUUCCAUGGAGGACCAGCUGGCUGAAGGAUUGAAGGUGGCUCUUGACACUACAUUUGUUCCAAACACAGGGAAGAAGAGUGGCAAGUUGAAGACCUCCUACAAAAGAGAAUAUGUAAAUCUAGGCUGCAAUAUAGACAUUGAUCUCUCUGGACCAACCAUCUAUGGCUGGGCAGUGUUGGGCUAUGAAGGCUGGCUUGCUGGCUACCAGAUGGCUUUCGAUACAGCCAAGUCUAAGCUUUCACAAAAUAACUUUGCCUUGGGAUAUAAGGCAGGAGACUUUCAGCUGCACACUAAUGUGAAUGAUGGCACAGAGUUUGGUGGGUCUAUUUAUCAGAAGGUUAAUAACAAAGUUGAGACAUCGGUCAAUCUUGCAUGGACUGCUGGCAGUAACAACACACGUUUUGGUAUUGCUGCUAAGUACCAACUGGAUGAGAAGGCUUCCAUCGUGGCUAAAGUGAAUAAUGCCAGCCUCAUUGGAAUUGGCUACUCUCAUGCCCUCCGACCUGGUGUAAAGCUGACCCUCUCGGGCCUGAUUGAUGGCAAGAAUUUCAGUGCUGGUGGACACAAAGUUGGGCUGGGGUUUGAGCUGGAAGCUUAAAGCAGCUUUAAGCAAAACAACAGGUGUUGCUCUGGAAGAUGAAGGAAAAGUGUACCCAGUGUGUUUCAGCCUUAAUAGUACUCUGAAAUGUCAAGAAGUGUGAAUUUUCUAAUCUUCCAAAGAAUCAUUUUAACCUAACACUGAAGUCCAGAGAGCGCCAGCACAUCAAAGGAAGACACUUGAAGGCGUGCAUGGAGGUCGUGAUGUUUGUGCCACAUUUCAGUUCAGUUGCCCAUAUUUUUACAUCUGUUCCUAAAACCAGAACAAAAUUCCACCUCUCUCCAUUACUGGAUUGCAUUCUGCAUGUCUUCUACUUCACAGCCUUUGCUAAAAGGUGGUCUCUGUGCUGUAGUAGAAUUUUGGGUUUAUAUCAGAAUGAAAUAAAUUGGUCACAGU